AUGGAUCAACCGAGGCGCCAUGAGCCUCCACGGCCGGGCCCGUCAUCCCAAGACACCUGUUGCCCAGCAUCAGGGGAUGAACACCUCUCUAUCGUAGAGAACAACCCAUUCGCCUUUUCUCCGGCCCACCUAUCCAAGCUUAUAGAGCCCAAAUCCGUCGCCGUCCUGCGGCAACUGGGCGGCUUGCCGGGGCUGGAAAGGGGGUUGAGAACCGACACGCGAGCGGGCCUAAGCCUCGACGAGACCACGCUGCACGGGACGAAACCCGACGACCACUACGCCUCCCGACGCCUCAUCUUCGGCUCCAACCUUCUCCCCUCCCGGCGCUCCAAAUCCUUCCUCCAACUCGCCUGGAUCGCACUCAAGGACCGCGUCCUAAUCCUCCUCAGCAUCGCCGCAGCCGUCUCGCUCGCGCUGGGGCUGUACCAGACCUUUGACGGGCACCACCCACCCGGUGAGGAAUCCGGCGGCGCAAGGGUGGAAUGGAUCGAGGGCGUCGCCAUCAUGGUCGCCAUCCUUGUCGUGGUGCUCGUCGGCGCGCUGAACGAUUGGCAAAAGGAGCGGCAGUUUCGGAGGCUGAAUCGGAAGAAGGAGGAUCGGUACGUGACUGUUGUCAGGUCGGGGAGGAUGGUCAAGGUGUCGGUGUAUGACGUGUUGGUCGGGGAUGUGGUGGUUUUGGAGCAGGGGGAUGUGAUUCCUGUGGAUGGGGUGUUGGUGCAGGGGCAUAAUGUUUGUUGUGAUGAGUCGUCGUCGACGGGGGAGUCGGAUGUGGUCAAGAAGACGCCGGCUGAGGUAGUGUCACGGGCGUUCCUGCAGGGUGCUGAUGAGAGGGUGGUGGCGAAGAUGGAUCCGUUUCUGCUUUCGGGGUCAAGGGUGCUUGAUGGUGUAGGGAAGUUACUUGUCACGGCGGUGGGGCAGCAUUCCAGCCAUGGGAGGACUAUGAUGGCGCUUCGCGACGACCCAGGCAUGACGCCGCUGCAGGCGAGGCUCAAUGUCCUGGCCGGAUACAUUGCCAAACUGGGGAGCGCGGCAGGUUUGCUGCUGUUCUCGGUGCUGUUUAUCGAGUUUGCCGCCCGGUUGCCGGGAAACCAAGCGAGCCCCGAGGAAAAGGGGCAGAACUUUCUCAGGAUCCUCAUCACCUCCAUCACCAUCAUCGUUGUCGCGGUCCCAGAAGGCCUGCCGCUGGCAGUGACACUCUCCCUGGCCUUUGCUACCAAGAGAAUGACCAGAGAGAACAACCUCGUCCGGCACCUGCAGUCAUGUGAAACCAUGGGCAACGCGACUGUUAUAUGCUCAGACAAGACGGGAACGCUGACGGAAAAUGUCAUGACGGUUGUCGGGGGCAGGCUUGGCCUGAACAAGGUCACCAUUGGGGGCGCAAGUCUUGAUCAAGCGGCCGAUCAUGGCCAUGGAAAUCCGGCCGUGAUGAAGGAAUCAGGGGUCGAACAAGGGUCCUUCACUCAAGCCUCAGACCAUCUCUCCACAACCAAUCUCCUGUCCACGAUCCACCCGGACUUCCGCGAGCUCCUAACCUCGUCCAUCGCCAUCAACACAACCGCAUUCGAAAGCGAAGACAACGGCCAGACAGCAUUCAUCGGCACCAAAACCGAAACCGCACUCCUCGACUGGGCCCGACGGAGCCUCGCCCUCGGAAACCUGGCCACCGAGCGCGCCAACCACCCCGUGGUGCAACUCUUUCCCUUCAACUCCCGCUGGAAAUGCAUGGUCACCGUCAUCGAGCUCCCGGGAAACAACAACAACAACCCGAACACAAAAAAAUACCGCCUCCUGACUAAAGGCGCGCCCGAGGUUGUCUUAGCCAGAUGCACCACCGCCGUGGUCGAUCCGACCAGCCCACUCUCACUCUCAACCUCCCCCCUUUCCGACUCAGACAAACAAUCCCUCUCGCACCUCGUGUCUGCAUACGCAAGCCAAUCCCUCCGGACCCUGGCUUUGGCAUACCGCGACAUGGACAUGGACAGUUACCCUCCAUCUCCAGGGGGCGCGCACGCGCACAGUACCAGUAGUACCUGUCCCGACACAUGCAACAGCCAGGUCGAACUCGAACUCGACGCCAUAUUCCACUCACUGACUUGGCUCGGCGUCCUCGCAAUCCAAGACCCCGUCCGCAUUGGCGUGCCCGCCGCAGUCCGUGCCUGCCAUCGCGCUUCCGUCGCCGUCAAGAUGGUCACGGGGGACAAGGUCGAGACGGCGCGGGCCAUUGCGCGCGAGUGCGGGAUUCUGACCGACUCCUCCUCCUCCUCCGAGUCCUCCCAUGACAGCGGACGACAACUCGUGAUGUCGGGCGCCGAGUUCCGACGUCUCAGCGAUGUGCAAAUGCGCAGCAGAGUGCGGGACCUGCGGGUCCUAGGGCGGUCCAGCCCCGAGGACAAGCGGGUGCUUGUCGUGACGCUGCGGGCGCUAGGGGAGGUGGUAGCCGUGACAGGGGACGGGACUAAUGAUGCACCCGCGCUGAAGGCGGCGGAUGUGGGGUUUUCGAUGGGGAUUAUGGGGACUGAAGUCGCCAAAGAGGCGUCUGAUAUUAUCCUGAUGGAUGAUAAUUUCUCGUCGAUUGUUAAUGCGCUCGCCUGGGGGCGGGCAAUCAACGACGCCAUCAAGAAGUUUCUGCAGUUCCAGAUCACGGUCAACAUUACCGCCGUGGUGCUGACUUUUGUGUCGGCCGUGGCGAGCGGCGAGGAGCGGUCGGUGCUGAAUGCGAUUCAGUUACUUUGGGUUAACCUGAUCAUGGACACGUUCGCGGCGCUGGCGCUGGCGACGGAUCCGCCCAAUACCAGUCUGUUGGACCGCGCCCCGGAGCCCAGGACCGCGCCGCUCAUUAAUCUGACCAUGUGGAAGAUGAUCCUGGGCCAGUCGGUCUACCAGCUUGCGGUGGGUCUGACGCUGCAUUUUGGCGGGCCGAGUUUCCUGUCGUCGUACUCGGAGCCGGAGCGGCGGACGCUGGUGUUUAAUACUUUCGUGUUUAUGCAGAUCUUCAAGCUCGUCAACAGCCGGCGCAUCGACAACAAGCUCAACAUCUUUGAGGGCCUGCAUCGGAACCACCUGUUCAUGCUCAUGAUGGCCGUCAUGGUGACAGGCCAGGUGCUGAUCAUCUUUGUCGGUGGCGCUGCCUUCGUCGUCGUCCGGCUGAACGGCGUGCAGUGGGCCAUCUCGGUCGUGCUCGGCUUCAUGUCCAUCCCCGUGGGAAUUCUCAUCCGGCUGGUUCCAGACGAUUGGGUUCGGGCCGGAGUGCGGCGGCUGCCCGGUCUUCCGAGAUGGCGACGACGGAAAGACGCUGGCGAUAGCAUUGAGAAUGCUGCUGUCGGCCGGGAUCUCGGCAGCGCAAUGUUCUCGGUGCGAGAUGACCUUGCCUUCCUCAAGCGGGUUCGUGGCGGGCGGAUAGCGGCGUUGGGGGGAGCGAUUGCGAUUCGUCAUGGUCCUGGCGAGCAGACGACCGAGAAGAGCAGAUGCUCCUUGUCUCCGAUACGGUCGGCGGUUGGGAUGCCGGGUCUUCUUGCCGCAAGCAUAGGCGCUAUGUCGCCCGUUGUACAAGUGCCCUCACCUGAAAGCCAUCUUGAAGGAGAGGCGGAACAUGGGCGUCCACAGGUAGCAUGUGUUGAGGAGAACAAAUGA